GUUACCUUAGCCAGUCCCUGAAUGUGCAGGAAAGAAGAGCUUUUUAUGUCAGCUGUUCACAAGAAAUUCUCAGAAAUUCUUUACAUAGUUCUUUACAUCUUGGAGAUGGCAAUAAUCUAUGCCCUAAAGAGAAGGUGGGCUCAUGGGAAUCCUAUGUGAUACUUUGAAAGAAGCAGGAUUACAGUGUUUUAAAGCGCUUUGCUGCAAGGGACCACCACCUCCACGACCUGAAUAUGACUUGGUUUGUAUAGGUCUCACUGGUUCUGGCAAGACAAGUCUACUGUCUCAGCUUUGCUGUGAAAGCCAAGAGAAUAUAGUUUCUACAACAGGUUUUAGCAUAAAAGCAGUGCCAUUCCAGAAUGCCGUCUUGAAUGUAAAAGAACUUGGAGGGGCUGACACUAUUAGGAAGUACUGGAGUCGUUACUACCAAGGAUCCCAAGGGGUAAUAUUUGUAUUAGACAGUGCCUCCUCGGAAGAUGAUCUAGAAACGGCGAGGAAUGAACUACAUUCUGCUCUUCAGCACCCACAGUUAUGUACUCUACCAUUUUUAAUAUUGGCCAAUCAUCAAGACAAGCCAGCAGCUCGCUCAGUGCAAGAGAUCAAAAAAUAUUUUGAACUUGAACCACUUGCACGAGGAAAGCGCUGGAUUCUUAAACCCUGCUCCCUGGAUGAUAUGGAAGCAGUAAAAGACAGCUUCACCCUUCUGAUAAAUUUGCUAGAAGAGAGAGAGCUCGAGCCUUCAAGAAUGUGAAAAGCUAGGAAAGAGGACUGCUUCUCCAAUCAUCAUUGUACCUGUUUGUUCUGCUCCCAGCUUAAUUAUGAUUUGCUAUCAAGACUGUGUUGCCGCUUACAGUAAAUAUAAACUUUCAUUUAGUGCAGAAGAUCUGUUUGUUAAAAUAAAUGUGCUGUAAAUUGGGUAUAUGAUUAUUCCAGUUAAGUCAUCACACUACUGAAAUAUAGGGAGUUACUCUUUGUUUACCACUAAUUCUGCUCACUGCAUGUUUUCUCCCUGCAUUAUCAUAAAAAUAUACUUGAUAUGGAAUUCUGCAUGCACAAAAUCACAAGCUGUAAAGGUUGACAAAAAAUACCACCAACUAUGUUUUCUGAAAAGUAAGUGUCAUAAGAAUUUGUGGAUAUUACUUUGUGUGUUAGCUAGUUUGCUGACCCCAAGGACUAUCUGGAAAGGACGGCCACUGAGAAUACCCGUAAAUCAUCUUACAAGCAAGGAAAUGUCUUGAUGCAAAGUCUAGUCUGAAGUCUUACUGAAUGAAAAUACAAAUACCUUGCUGGUUGAUUACUAUUCUAAUUCUUAACCCUUUCAAAGGCACAAGCAGUGAAGUUAAUGGGAGUAAGGGGAAAUAAGACACAAACACAGCGUGUGCACAUAUCAGAAUUUGCUAUGGACUUUGGAUUAUCUGGAAUAUAAAAAAUAGCUUGCAUAAAAUUGCAGCUACAACUUAAGUAGAUAAUAUUUGUUAAAAAAUUAAAUAGGUUAAAUAAAAUAGUUUACCUGUUUUUUUUAGUGACUAUGAUUAAAGAGCAGCAAGAGUAUAUGUAUUUUAACUCAGAUGUGGAUACUUGCUGGAUAAAUAGCAUGAUGUGUGACAUUUAAAUUAAGGGAUCUCCUGUAUUUCUCACUCAAAGUAGUAUUGUUAUCACAACUGUGCUCCUACCUCUAUAUUAUAGUUAAGGGUCUGCCAAUAUCUCUGUUAUAAACCCCUAUUUUCAGGACUUUAAAAAAAUGCCUUCAGAAAUUUGCUGAGGACUGAAUGUUAGUAAAAAGUUUAUUAAUCAGAACCAAAGUUUUGAACAAAUUUGGAAAAAAUCCAUUCAGUUCAAGGAAUGCAAUACAUAUUCCACCCCUUAACCCCAGCCACCCCAGGUUUGCAGCGUUUGCAUGCCUUUUGGCAGUUUUAAAAUGAUAUAAAUCAGUUUGGUUUUCAAGUGAACUUCUCAGUUCAUUGAUUCAUAAUAAAACCAGAUAUCACAACAGGGUAUAGAAAUCAGUAGAUGUUUGGUACAUACCUUGGUUAUUGUGCCUCGUCCACUGAUAUCCUGCUUGAUGCAUACCCUGCAAUGGCAUGUUGAGGGUAUAGAAAUCCAUCUUGAUUCUGUGUUUCAGGUUUUGGAAAAUCGUCUUAAACUACUUUUCAGAGCUUUAUGCAACAUGUCUUUUCACUCUGAAGUUUCAUUUCUUUAAGUUUAUUAUAGUUUAUAACUAGUUUGAGGAUAAGAAAAAAUAGUGAGGGAGAGCCUAUAAAAGCUGGUUCUCUAUUUGUAAUGUACUCUUUGCUAAAUUAACUGGUAUCUAUAACUUUUACCUUUUUAAGUUUCCUUGAACUAUUUGGAUCACUUCUUCCCUCACUUGUGAACUUCCCUGAGGCCCACUUCAAUAUAAGUGUCUGGCCUGGUAGAGGCUACUUCAACUCACUUCCUAUAAUCAAAACUAAGUGGGGGUUCCUGAGUAGCUUCUGAAUUAAUUGUGUAAUAGAAACUGAGAGCUGAAAGUGACCAGAGCGCUAGAAUCUUUUUUUUUUUUUUGAUGGACACACAGACUUUUAUUGAGCGGGGGGCGCAAACAGGUCGCAGCCCAGGGCGCACAGCAGGUUUGCUUUCAGGAAAGAGGCCACGUGUCGGGCUGUCAUCCCCUCCACCUGCUGCAGGUCCUCCACCUGGGAAGGGCCCGUGCUGCUGUCUCCAGGCCAGGAUGCGCUGGGCUCUCUUGUUCCCGAUGCAGCGCAGGGCCUGCAGCUCCUUGGCAUCGCCCUCGUUGAGCCGCGCCAGCAGGUUCUCCCGGCUCUGGGCUCACUGACACUUUCCUCUCCCUCUCUUCCCCUAUCUUUGUAUUUCUUACCCAUGUGCUGCCCCAAGGCACCUCUUCUGCAGAUACUCAGGAACUUAAACUGUUCAUGUUACUCAAAACCAGCUCCCAAUUCUCCUUCUAUGAAUUGGAAGCACGCUUGCUGCCCCUCAGGUAUUGCUGUGCACCUUGAGUGGGCUCCCUGCACCUGAACUAAAUAGGAAUUGGGAUCUAGUUUAGAGCUUCCAAUUCACUCUUUCAGAUAACACAAACAAUUUAAAGUUCUCAGGCAUCUGCAAAAGAAGCUGUUUGGAGGAGGAUGGGAGUAAGAAGGGGAAGCGGGCUGCAUGCAAAAGGGAAGCCUGCUCUGGGGGCAAAAGGGGAAAGGAAGCAUUCUAAACUUUAGCUGCUUUUCAGUUUAAAAUUAGAGGGUGGGAGGAACAAUCUUUUUACGAUUUUCUGCCCUGUGGCCCAUAUUAGAUGUAAUUAAUCAAAUUCACAACAGGUGUAAAUGAGACCAACUCCACUUACGUCUUACUGUUGGUGUAAAUUAGUGAAUUUGAUGCAAAGGUCAUAGGGGGUUUGAUAUUAGUUUGGCCAUGAGAUCUCAGCUAUGCACUGUUGGAAAGUGCUACAUAGCAGUGAUAUCAAGAAGGCCUAACUAGCCAAUCAGAAUGUGACUUUAGCCAUACUCUCUUAUACAGUAUAUUAGGACCUUUUGAUGUUUAAUUCUUUUCUUUAGGAAAACGUCAACUGCACAGGAGCAGUGAAUUUUUUUUUGUAAUGAUUUUCAAUUUGCAUAUUCUUAAUCGCUCUAUACUACAGGUUGAAACAAUACCUUGUAACUGUUACAAGGUUUCAAGAAAGGUGUUUAACAUUACUUUGAAUAUGGUUCUGUUUGUGAAUGGAUUAUAAUGGAUUUGUAGAUUUUAAAUGUUUAAACACUUUCACCUUUUUUAUGGAGGGAUUAAAAAAUUCAUAGCAGUUCAUGUCACACUUUCUUUGUCUAAAGUGUUCUUGAAUAUUCUUAAUACAGAAUCUGUGAACACCACACUAUUUUUAUUCAGAUGACCAAUCUCAAUUACUGUUUUCUCUUCCUGUGCAUUCAUCGUUUAGAUUAAAUAAAUUCAAUCAGUAGGAACGAGCUAAGUGCCAUGCAACUUCAUUAAACAGUGAAUAUUGUCUUUUU